CAAUUCCCUCUCUCUGAGAAGCAAAGAUAGAGAAAGAAGGAGACAAGCGGGCUUCGUAUUUCAGAAACCCUAGCUACUUCCUGCAAGAAACCCUCUUCUUUCUCCUGAAAUCGCCGGAUUCUCAUUCUCCUAGUCCACGUACGUCUCUCUCUUCACCGUCCAUCUGGUGGGCCGUACCCUCGAUCGGUCAGAGUUCAAAAAAGCAAAAAGAUUGAAGACCAUGCUUUAGAGGAACUAAUUUGAUUGUGAAGUCCAUUUCAGUAUGUAGACAGUUCACAUAAGUUUUUCUGGGGUCUUGAUGUCCCGUUUGCGGAAUGCGGUUCUUGCCACGGGCUUAUUAGCCUUUGCAGGUGCUGGCUUGGCAUUUCCCUUCUUCUUGGCGACGUCGAGGGCAAAGCCUAUAAUCGACUCGUCAAAGCCGCUUCCACCUCAAGCAACUUUUCGAGGGCCUUAUGUGAACACCGGAUCACGAGAUGUUGGACCAGACCACGGCACUUAUCCAAAGAUGUGAUUUGCCUUCAGAUUCUGGCCACCUUGCUCAUUGAUGUUAACUUGUAUGUAAAACGUUUUCAAUAAUAUCUUUAUUCAUAUUGCACGGAAAUUAUCUUUAUUAGCA